CUUUUAUGACGGCCCGCAGGGGCCUUACCGUCGUCUCCCCGUUUCAUUUCCUACUUCGAAAAAUGUCAGAACAUCAACAUGGUUUCCAUGCAGGCGCCGUCACCGCAUCCUCUUCCUCUGAGUCUUCACCGGCGACCGUAGCCACAGCUUCCACCCCACCGCCACCGCAAGCCUACUGCGGAUCCUGCGGUGGCCCAGUCACCGAUGCAGCUUCAAUCUCUUCGUCUCCUCAGUGGUCCGACUUCUCGCCGCCGCCGGCGUACCGCCCGAUACGAGCUCCGGCCAUUAACGCUCCAACAAACACCAACGCGAUCCUCCUGACUCCUGUCCCUAAACCAUUGCCAGUCCCUCUUUACAAGCCUCCCUACCAUUUCGAGGUCCCUUCGAAGCGCAUCUCCUCCCCCGACGACAUCCAGCGUUUUCACUCCUCCGUCGCCGGCCGCCACUUUCUCGGAUUCGUGGCUGCCCUCUCCGAUUCCGUCCGCGGUCGCAAAAUCCACGAUCCCGUUUUAUCUCUAUCUCCCGCUAUCUCCUCCCUUCUCUCCAUAAUUGAAACCCUAGACAAAUGGGUUGAUCAGAUUCCGCCACUCCCCCAUUCAUCUCGUUAUGGAAACCCAGCUUACCGCUCCUGGUACGAAAAGCUUUCCGAUGAGGGAAGCUCAUUGGUUCUUCCUCUUCUGACUUCGGAAGAGCUUCGUCCUGCCACUGAUGAGCUCCUUCCUUAUCUCCUUGACUCCUUCGGCAACGCCUCUCGUAUAGAUUAUGGUACCGGUCAUGAGGCCAAUUUCGUUGCAUUCAUCUAUUGCCUUGCACGUCUUGGGCUCAUAAAGGAGGAGGACUAUCCCGCCCUGGUAAUUCGCGUGUUUGUUGCAUACCUGCAUCUGAUGAGGAAGUUGCAAACUAUGUAUUGCCUUGAGCCAGCUGGCUCUCACGGGGUGUGGGGUUUGGAUGACUACCACUUUCUUCCGUUUAUCUUUGGAUCGGCGCAGCUAAUUGAUCAUAAGUAUAUGAAACCCAAGUCGAUACAUAAUCAAGAUAUAUUGGAUAAUUUCUCAAACGAGUAUAUGUACCUGGCUUGUGUGUCUUUCGUGAGGAAGGUGAAGAAGGGGGUGUUUGCAGAGCACUCACCUAUGCUCGAUGAUAUUAGUGGUGUACCCACUUGGACCAAAGUCAACAGUGGUCUACUCAAGAUGUACAAGGCAGAGGUGCUGGAAAAGGUGCCCAUCAUGCAGCAUUUUCUUUUUGGGUCACUCAUCAAAUGGGAAUGAAGUUUUACUGUUGGCGAACUGUCUCAUUUUGUGCAAAGCUAGUUCUGGAUGCUGUACGGUUUACUGCGCGGAUAAUUGAGUAAAUGGAACUUUUUUGAUUAAGCAGAAUUUCUUACCUUUACCUAAUAUUGUUUUCUUUUGCUCCGUUUGAAGCCAUUUGUAUUCACAUGAAAGAUAUUCUGCUUUUAACGCUUCUCAUUUUCUUCUCUUCCCAGUAAUGCUAAUUUUUUGUUUUCCUCUU